CACAAUCCCAUGUCGCGUGGUAAUUCGUAAUUAGCGUGAACCAAACCAUCUUUCUCAAGUUGCUGGAUGGGAUUAAAAAGAGUUCCUUGGGGUGUACAAGAAGGAGAGCAUCCUUAAGAGAGCUAUGUUCUCUUAAUUAAGAGUUGCUGGUGAAGUAGCUUGAUUGGAGAUGGAAGGGAACCUCCCUCCGGGCUUUAGAUUCCAUCCAACGGAUGAAGAGCUCAUCAUUUGCUAUCUGAGCCGCAAGGUCUCAGAUUUUAGGUUUUUCACCAAAGCCAUAGCUGAGGUUGAUCUCAAGAAGUGUGAGCCAUGGGAGCUCCCAGAAAUAAUUACAGGGAAGGCCAAUUUCAUGGGAGAGAAGGAAUGGUAUUUCUUCAGCUUGAGAGAUCGUAAAUAUCCGACGGGCCUCCGGACCAACAGAGCCACUGAUGCAGGCUACUGGAAAACCACAGGGAAAGACAGGGAGAUCUUCCAUUCGGGCAUCCUGGUUGGCAUGAAGAAAACACUGGUAUUUUAUAAAGGAAGAGCUCCAAAUGGUGAGAAGACUGGUUGGGCGAUGCAUGAGUAUCGACUCCACACCAAAUUCCCUUACAAAUCCACAAAGGAAGAAUGGGUUGUGUGCAGGGUCUUUAGAAGGGUCUCCAGUGGCAAAAAACUACAAGAGGGCACUUCAUCCAUGCCACAGUCAUUUGGAUCUCCAUGCAAUACUACUUCAGGGACAGAGCUUGGUGAACCCAAUACAUCCAUCUUAGAUAAUCUCAUCAAUCCUUCUAGCACCCUUGAUCCGGUGUUGAUUAAUAACGACAACGACAACAAUAGCAAUUGGGGUUUUGCUAAAGAAACCACGAACCAGAUUAUGCAGUGUGCAUGGCCUUCAGGCUUGUUAAGUUCCAGCUUCUCAGCAGAUCCAGGGAUCUUGAAGGCAUUGCAGCUUAACAAUAAACAAUCAAGAGAAGCCACAGAUGUGACCACUUCAAACCAUUUUAUAGCACAAGGAGACACCGUCUUUGGAGAUGAAUCGAGCUUGAGUUUCCCAGCUUCUUCGUCUAGAGGCAUGGAUUCUAUGCAGCAACAACAGCUGUUCGAUCAGAAUUCUAUUUGGAAAGGCUACUGAAAGAGGAAUGGGCACUUCCUUAUAUAUAUGCAUAUAUAUUUAUAGAAGAAACCUUAUUAAUAAAGCAAUUGAAUUGAAUUAUUUUCCCCUUCA